AGAUAUUUAUGUAUAUUACAAAUGGAAUAACAACGCAUGGACGUAUAUGAAAAAUAGAAAAUUUCGAAUUAAAAACUAUUAUGGUCAACUAUGAAGCCUUAAACUAUUAGUAGGUGAAUCAUUUAAUAUUUAUUAUAUCUCCAACAGAAUAAAUAAAUAAUUAGCAACUCAUGAAAAAAAAAGCUGGCACAUGUUAGGCAAGGUCAGCUAUCGAUACAGCUUGCUCCGUUAUGAGUAUAUCUUGACUUGAAGGCAGCUCUCUACAGUAAAUCUAUGAAAAUGAUUUUAUUCAUGUGCUUGAAACUAUUUCCUCUGUUUGUCUUGUUUAAUUCAUUCGCCGGAGCAGUAUUGAUAGAUCUACCGGAAAACGCCACCAUCCCGGCAGUUCUAUUCUUCGGAGACUCCAUAGUUGACACCGGCAACAAUAAUUACAUAACCACGGUUGCUAAAUGCAAUUUCCGCCCCUAUGGCAAGAAUUUCAUUGAAGGAAAGCCCACCGGAAGAUUUUCUGACGGAAAAGUUCCGUCGGAUCUUUUCGCCAAAGAAUUGGGAAUUAAACCACUUUUGCCACCUUAUCUUGAUCCAUCUCUCCAAGAUCAAGAUUUAUUAACCGGUGUCAACUUUGCGUCUGGAGCUUCCGGAUAUGACCCGUUGACAUCCGAUCCCGCCUCUGUAUUUUCGUUAUCGGACCAAUUAGAGAUGUUCAAAGAAUACAUAGCGAAGCUGAAGAAGAUUGCCGGAGAGGAAAAAUCAUCCGCCAUUUUGAGGGAAAGUAUAAUUGCAGUGGCCACCGGCAGCAAUGACAUUUUGAAUACGUAUUUUCUUACACCGCGAAGAUUUCAAUACGAUGUUCCUUCGUACACGGACUUACUAGUGAGCUACGCUUCCAGCUUCGUGCAGGAGUUGUACCGUUUGGGGGCACGUAGAAUUGGUGUAUUUAGCAUGCCGCCAAUUGGAUGUGCGCCAUCACAAAUAACUCUCAAGGGAGGACUUGAUAGAAAAUGUGUCGACAAAUAUAAUGAAAUCGCAAAAUUAUUCAACAAUAAACUGUCGGCCGCAAUAACCUCUCUCAACACACGAUUCACCGAUGCAAGAAUUGUCUACUUCGAUGCCUACAAUCCUACUCUUGAUAUCAUUCUCAACCCACAAAAAUACGGAUUUAAGAUUGCAGAUAGGGGAUGUUGCGGAACAGGGUUAGUAGAAGUGUCACUUGUUUGCAGAUACGCAUGUUCGAAUGUGAAUGAUUAUGUGUUUUGGGACAGUUUUCACCCGUCGGAAAAAACAUACACGAUUCUCGUACGUCGAAUACUCGAACAAUACAUCAGUUACUUCAUAUGUGGAAAGUCAUUCUGCUGAUUUAUCUGUAAUAAAUUAUGAGCUUAUACUAUAAUGUGUAGAUGUUUCUAUUUUUCUGCUUCACUCUAACAUGUUGUUGGUCUUGAAAUGACGUGGAUAAUAUAAUUUAAUUAAUUAGGAUAAAAGCCUCUGUGGGCGACAACAUAUGUAUUGGGCUGAAUUUGUUAUUAUUGGUCUGUGGGCUGAGUUUCCAAUUAUUAUAUUUGGUCUAGUCUUGUAGUUAUUGGGUUAUGGCCCAUCGGUUAUAAAUUAUUAUAAUUGUUUUUUGAAAA